GUUGGAUACCAGUAGUCAUCGGAUAGACUCGACGUGGAACGGUCGAAUGUUGGUGUUUGUUAGUAAUACGGGGGGAACGUGGCAUCCACGACUGAAGUCACUAUUUGUUCCUUCACAUUUAAAUGAGUGUUGAAAAAUUUCUUGUUUGUUUGUAUUAAUAACAAAUUUUAAGAAUGAAUUAAAGUUCCAUCAAACCAGUCUUAAAGCAACAGUGCUUACUUGCACACAUCCAUAUAUCGUUCAUAUUGAAGCUUAGCAGAUCUGUAUAGAUGUACAUAUGUAUGUGUAUGUAUGGGAGUGUGAAGAAAAUACACGGUAGCCACUCGUAUCUAGCAAAAGGCUAAGUGAAUAAGAAAAUCAAAGAUAUUUGCAUGGUGGUGUUUCGGGUUCGGCCAACAUAACGCGAAAAUUAUUACAACUACAAAACGGAAAACGGAAAAGUAACGCAAUAAAGUCAAUUCUUUCAAUAUUUCUAUGUAUGUAUGUACAUAUGUAUGUAGUAGUAAUCUGGAAAAUUUAAAGCAGUCGAAUUGAUAGAAAAACUAGCAGAAGGUGAAGAAGGAAAAAGUGCGAAAUUUGUGUGUUCGCCCGCGCGCGCGUGCCUGUGUGUGUGUUUAUGAUGAUAUUUUCAUAUGUAUUUGUGUAUUAAAUAUGUGUGUACGAGUAUCUCUGCUCAUUAGUGGCAGCGGUCGUAACUAGAAGCAGCAGCAGCAGCAGCAGCACCAAUAGCACAACAGCAACGACAACAGCACAGGCAACAGCAACCAAAUAACGAAUUGAGAAUACGAAAAGCGCAGGCAACAACAAUAAAGCCAAACAAAACAAUAAAAACAUUGUAGAAUUCACUUCAGCAGCUGAGAAAAGAAAUAACAAUCGUACUCGGAAUAAUAAAGAAAACAAAAAAAAAAACACUUAGAUUCGCGUGACUGUAAAUGUUUGUACAUACAUACAUACAUACCUUUUGUAUGCAAAUUCUAUGAUAUUUUCUCUGUGAUAUUUAAACAAAAUUUCUGUUUCCUAAAAGAAUUGAAAAGCGUAAAUGUUCAACAUUUUUUAAAUAGUACUCGUACCUACACCAACUCAUACAUAGCAAAAAAGGGUGUUAUUUAACUUGUUUUUAAUUUUGACAUGUGUUUGGCGUGUUCGAAGCGGUGAUGUUACCAAAUAUACUAGUUGUAAUCUACUGCCAACAAACGACACAAGAACAACGUCCAGUCGAUAACAGUGUCAUCAUCAAAAGCACGAACAACACCAACAGCUACUUUAGCAACAUUAGCAACCGGUACAGCAACAGCAAUAGCAGCAGCAGCAGCAGCAGCAGCUGUAGUAACGAUAUUGGCCAUUGCCAGCACCACAACGUGAACAACGUCAGCGACGGCCACGCCUCAAUCAAGUAUGAAAAUUGUGCUGGUCAAGCGUGUCUUGUUUGUGGUUGGAUUUUGAGUGUGCUAACGUCAUUACCAAGGCUGCAGCAGGCAUUGUCCACGCAUCCCGAUAGCGUCCACACAGAACAGCUAUCGCAACAAAUUGAACAACAAAAACAUAUAAAACAACAACAACAACAAUUUUGUAGAACUCUUACGAAUCGAAUAAAGCCAACAAUAACGUUGCCGUUAUCGUUACACUUCCGCCACUUACAUUUACAUAUAGACAUAAUAGACCGUUGGCGACGGCGGCCAGUAGUGAGGGCUAUUGAACUGUAUGCGAAUGUGAAGAAGACGGUGAAGUAUUGGAAACAGAAAUUUGCAAACAUAAUUCGAAAAUAUGAAUUUAAUUAUUGUUGCCAUUGUGCUACUAAUGGCCCACAAGGAAUACAUGGCAAGUCCAACACCAAUAAAAUUACCAG